CCCGCUGGCUCGGCCCAACGUACCCCUUCCAGCCUGGUUUAUCUCCACACCAUUGUGUUCCUUUCCCGCUAUUACCAAGGGAGCAUGAGUUAUAUGGUAAGUAUUCAAUAUCGAUGCACACAAAUCGGAGACUCCAAAAGGUCAAUUGGCCGCUGAUUUCUAUUUUCUAUCCCAAGAAAUUGCAGAGUCUAAGAGAAACGAAGAAGAGACGAGCUCCCAGAUCGGCACUGCCGAUGGCGUCGAGUUCUCCGAAGGAUUCAUCGAUAUCGGUCGUGGUUGACAAAACUCCACAAUGUUUAGAAACUGCAACAAGAAACGCAUAUCCGGUUCGUCCGUGAGAUCGACGUCUGGGAAAACCCUAAUCUCAGUUGCGGGACGAACUGAGGAGAAAUCUCCUCGAUCAGAUCGACGUCUCCCGAAACCAUAGCGGCGUCCAUCUAUUUAUGUCUUCUACACGAAGUAACCGCAAAAAGUGAGAAGAAGAGAAGCUCUCGCUGUCGACUCUGCCGAUGACGUCCUCUAGUUCUCCGAAGGAGUCAUUGACAUCGGUCGUGCUUGACAAGUCUCUCUUCUUUUUUAAAAACGACAACUGCUGCAAGGAGAAACGCACCUGCCAUCCGUCCACGAGUCGACUUCUCGCAAAACCCUAACCUCUGUCUCGAAGGCGCGACAUCUGAGGAGAAAUCUCAUCGAUCAGUUGCACGUUGAGGUCCUCAAGGACGAGGCCUCCCUCCCUCUUGUUCAAACUUUUGAAGUUGUAUGUCUUAUCAGAUUAAUCAAUUAGGGAAGGACCAAGAUGUUGUUGCCCAAACACAAGCUAUUGCAGCAUUGGAAGUUCAAUCUCAGAUUUCGUUUUCUAUUGUUAAUGCUCUAAAUAAUAUCCUCUGUGAUUCCAAGGCCCUCUGGAGAGUUCGAUCGAGGCACUGUUUGCACUGGCUAACACUGCAUCUGAGAUGGGGGAUUGGGCAGUAUCACCUUGAUGCGUUUUACCUUCUCAAAAAAACAAAUACAGAUACAAGCAUUCUAGGCCUAGCCAGUGGUGGAUGAAGCUGAACUUCAUCUGCUUAGGGUCAUCUUGAGAUUCUAACAAAGAGAAAUUUCUUAGUAAGUGCUUUCUCUGCUUCAUACUCUGUUCUGAAACCCUCAAGUUAGAAUGAGUAUGUAAUAUCAGUUGAUUUAUUUUAGUACCACACUCAUGUUCUUUAGGACUUCUAGCCAGAAACUAUGUAGAUGUAUCUAGCAAGCUCGGAAAAAUUAACAAAUAUUAUGACAAAUAGUAUUAUAUAGCUGACAAUGCAUCCUUUAGUGCUA